CAGAGACAAGACAAAGUAUAUAAUGAAAAUAAUAUUCCUAAAGGAGUUAAAGAUGCCAAAAGUAGUGGUUUAAUAGCUCCAAGAAGAGCUGUAUUAAAUGACUUGAGCAGUAACUUGCAGAAUACUCAGAAUGCUAAUCAAAAAGGAAAGAUUACAAUAGCAAAACCCACUAUCCAAAUAACAAAACCUACUACAAGACUUGCUUCUAAUUUAAAUCGCACUACAACCUCUGUUACUGCAAAAGUGAAACCUUCAUURAACACUUCUAAAACUGUACUUAAAGUCAAUUCUGGUUUAAAUGAAAAUGUAUCCAACAUUCCAAAAGCUAUCAUCAGACCUAAGACAACUGGAUUGAUCAAGACUUAUAGAGGUACUUUGACCAGAAGUUCAUCGCUUAGAAACAAAGCAGUUGUAUUGACAGAAUCUCAAAAGAAAGAACAAGAAUGGAUUACUGCUUGUAAAGUAGAUGCUGUCGACAAAAAUGAUGAAUUUGAUCCUUUUCUUGUUGGGGCAUACUCUAAACCUAUUUUUGCUUAUAUGAUGACCUUAGAGAAUCAAUAUUCUAUAAAACAAGAUUAUUUAGCCAACCACAAAUAUAUCACGUCAUCAAAUCGUAGUGUUGUUGUUGACUGGCUUGUAGAAGUACAACAAGAAUUUCAGAUUAUGCAAGAAUCUCUCUACACUGCUGUUGGAAUUCUUGACAGAUAUUUACAAGAAAAUCAAAAUGUUGCUAGAAAUAAACUUCAAUUAAUUGGAGCCACAAGUCUAUUGCUUGGCUGCAAGUAUGAAGAAAUAUAUGUACCUGAGAUAACUGACUUUGUCUAUUUAUCAGACAAUGCUUUCACCAAGGAUGAAGUAAAAUCAAGUUUAGUGGAUGUCUUCAGAACAAUUAAUUUUUCUCUUUCUAGACCUUUCUCCUUAACAUUUUUGCGAAGGUUUAGCAAAGUGUCGGGUGCACGAUCAUCACAACAUUCUUUGGCUAAAUACUUUCUAGAAUUAGCUUUAAUUGACUACAAUCUAGCACAUAUUAAACCAUCUGAAAUAGCUGCAUCUGGACUACUGUUGGCAGUUGUCAUAACUAAUGAUCCAGAAUUAGAUGAUAACCCUGAAGAUGUCAAAUCAUUAUUAUCUUUAUAUUGGACAGAUGUAAUGCAAAAACACUCUACAUAUGAAAUGGAUAAAUUGAUAUCUACUGUUCAAUCUCUCGCGCAUUUAGCUCUUAAUGCCCCUGAAUGGAAAUACAAGUGUUCAUAA